UCAGAGGUUCAACCACCACCAAACUUGUUUUCUUAGUCCAGCAAAUGUUUUUAAUGUAUCAAUAAAGUUCCACUGAUCUGUUACCAGCCGUUACGUGUCUAUAUUUAUCUAUCUUUUUUCUCCUCCCACCAAAUUUUGAACAGAGAAGAACUCAACCCCACACGCAUUCCUCAAUCAAUUUAAUCCAACAACAUUGUGUCAUCAUUUUGUGUAUAUGUUCCAUUUUUCAUGUCCCUUUUGCUUAUAAUCUUUCAACACCUUACCUUUUCUUUUAUGGGAUUGUGAGAUUCUUGGGUAAAAAUAUUAUUGUGCCCUUAACUUCUUUUUUUUCAUGAUCUAAUGGCACUCGGAGCUUUCGUCAAGCUAACGAGUGCCUAGCAUAAUCUUUGUGACAUACCAAAGCAGCGUAAAAACACAAUCCUUGUGAAUCUUGACGCCCCCAUUUCAGUCUUUACACAAACUAAUAUGUCAACAAUGGACAAGGCCAAGUCAAUAUUUAUAAUGACAGGCAGAAUUUUGAAUGAAGCAAUCAGUUUCAUUGUUUUCUCAGUUCUUGACAUUCUUGAUUUUCUACUUUGUUACACUUACAAAGUAAUCGAUUUCAUCGUUGAAGCAGAGUGGAAACCGUGCUACUGCUCGUCAGCUGUGACGAGUAGUGGUACAAUCUUGGUCUCCGAGCAAGGAGAAUCCAAGAUUGUGUGUCUCAGUACUUCUUCUAGCCGCAACAAAUUGCAGCUAGAAGAAAUAUCAGACACACUCUACACUCGGCCUUCUUUGGUUUCUGAAGUGUCAAAAUCCACAGUGAAUGAACUCAAGCGGCUCAAAUUGGAAAAUGCCACAGUGAAAAAGGGAACCCGAAUGUCAACUUUCACUGUUAAUUCCACCAUUGUGGAAAUGUUGCAAGGCAAAAUUGGUGGCCAACAAUAUCAUCCAAUUCCAAGAUGGUCGGAUUGUGAUUGUAAAACUUGUAAUUCUUGGUCCUCUUCUUGCAAAGAUACACUUUUUGUCCAUGUUGAUGGUGCCAAAGAGAACGUGCAAGAGAAUGUGAUCUUCAUUCAUGGGUUCAUAUCAUCAUCAGCAUUUUGGACAGAGACUCUAUUCCCUAACUUUACAAAGGCAACAAAAUCAAAAUAUCGCCUAUUUGCGGUGGAUUUGCUGGGAUUUGGAAGAAGUCCAAAGCCAAAUGAUUCACUUUACACCUUAAGAGAGCAUCUUGACAUGAUUGAAAAAUCAGUGUUAGAGCCAUACACAGUGAAAUCUUUCCACAUUGUGGCACAUUCCUUGGGCUGCAUUUUGGCGCUAGCACUUGCUGUUAAGCAUCCUGGCUUAGUUAAAUCCCUCACUUUACUUGCACCGCCAUAUUUUCCAACACCAAAGGGAGAACAAGCUACGCAAUAUAUGAUGAGAAGAAUAGCGCCAAGACGAGUAUGGCCACCGAUUGCAUUUGGAGCAUCCAUAGCUUGUUGGUAUGAGCACGUAAGCCGAACCAUUUGCCUUCUUAUCUGCAAAAACCAUCGUUUGUGGGAUUUUCUCACCAAAUUCCUCACCAGAAACAGGAUCAAAACAUACUUAGUAGAAGGAUUCUGCUGUCAUACACACAACGCAGCAUGGCAUACAUUACACAACAUAAUUUGUGGCACUGCUGGAAAAAUUGAAGGUUAUUUAGACAUGGUGAAAAAUCGUCUAAAAUGCGAAGUCAUGGUUUUCCACGGUAGAGAUGAUGAACUUAUCCCUGUCGAAUGCAGCUACAACGUACAAUCUAGAAUUCCUCGUGCUCGUGUUAAGGUAGUUGAGAAUAAAGAUCACAUCACUAUUGUUGUUGGCAGGCAGCAGGUAUUUGCUCGGGAACUUGAAGAAAUUUGGAGAAAUAAUUCUACAACUUGAAUUUCUCAAGUGUUUGAUUCAAGAUCCUAGAUAAACAAUGUCAUUUUUAUUUUUUUACCAAGUCCAAUGAAGCAAAUUUGGAUAUAAUGAAAGCUUUAUUGGACUAGUUUUUAUUUCUUUUUAUCCUUUUUUUUCUUGAUUAGAUUGAAAAACCCAGAUAAUUCAAGUAUUAAUUAGUAUAUCAGUGGAUCACCACAGCUUUGUAAUGGGAUGUGAAAGUGUUUCUCAUCUCUUCCUAUUAGUAAUUGCAUAAGAGCAAUAAGAAGCAACGGAAAUGUUUAUGUCUA